ACUCCACUCUUAGGCGCGCCCAUUUCAGAUUGCUGAACUCCAGUCGAGGAGAAAAAAAUUCAGGGAGGAGGUGGGAAGCCACACCCCGUGGAGCCCACGAAUUUUCGCUGCAGCCGGCCGUCGCCUGGGCAGACGCCGCCGAGAUGCGGACCCCGGCGCUCCUUCCAGCAGCCCACCUUCUCUGCGUGUGGACGGCCGCGCUGGCCGCGGCCCCAGGGCCCCGGUUUCUGGUGGUAGCCCCUGGGAUCAUCAGGCCUGGAGGAAAUGUGACUGUAGGGGUGGAGCUUCUGGACCACAGCCCCUCAGAAGUCACUGUGAAGGCAGAGGUGCGCAAAAUGGUGUCAAACAUCACCAUCACCAUACUGGAAGCAGAAGAGGUCUUUGAAAAAGGAUCUUUCAGGACUCUUAUCCUUCCAUCGCUACCUCUGAACAGUGUAGAUGAGAUUUAUGAGCUACGUGUAACUGGACGUGCCCAGGAUGAGAUUUUAUUCUCCAAUAGUACGCGCUUAUCAUUUGAGACCAAGAGACUGUCUGUCUUCAUUCAAACAGACAAGCCCCUGUACAAGCCAAAGCAAGAUGUGAAGUUUCGUGUUGUUACACUCUUCUCAGAUUUCAAGCCUUAUAAAACCUCUUUAAGCAUUCUAAUUAAGGACCCCAAAUCAAAUUUGAUCCAACAGUGGUUGUCAGAACAAAAUGAUCUUGGAGUUGUUUCCAAAACUUUUCAGUUAUCUUCCCAUCCCAUACUUGGUGACUGGUCUAUUCAAGUUCAAGUGACUGGCCAGACCUAUUAUCAAUCUUUUGAGGUUUCAGAAUAUGUAUUACCAAAAUUUGAAGUUGUUUUGCAGACACCAUUAUAUUGUUCUUUGAAUUCUAGAAGUUUAAAUGGUACUGUCACAGCAAAGUAUACAUAUGGGAAGCCAGUGAAAGGAGAUGUAACACUUAUAUUUUUACCUUUAUCAUUUUGGGGAGUGGAGAAAAAUAUUACAAAAACUUUUAAGAUAAAUGGAUCUGCACACUUCUCCUUUAAUGAUGAAGAGAUGAAAAAAGUAAUGGAUUUUUCAGCUGACCUUUCUGAGCACAUGGAGGCGUCUUCCCUUGGGCCUGUGGAAAUUUUAGCCAUAGUGACAGAAUCACUUACAGGCAUAUCAAGAAAUGCAAGUUCCAAUGUAUUUUUCAAGCAACAUGAUUACAUCAUUGAAUUUUUUGAUUAUGCUACUGUCUUGAAGCCAUCUCUCAACUUCACAGCCACAGUGAAGCUAACCCGCUCUGAUGGCAAUCAACUGACUCCUGAAGAAAGAAGAAAUAAUGUAGUCAUAACAGUGACACAGAAAAAUUAUACCAACUACUGGAGCACAUGGAGAAGUCAAAAUAAGGAAAUGGAAGAUGUCCAGAUCAUAAAUUAUACUGUCCCCCAAAAUGGAAUCUUUAAGAUUGAAUUCCCAAUCCUGAAUGGUUCCAGUGAGCUCCAAUUGAAGGCCUAUUUUCUUGAUAGUGUAAGUAACAUGGCAGUUCAUGGCAUGUUUGUGUCUCCUAGUAAGACCUACAUCAAACUAAAGACAAAAAAUGAAAAUAUAAAGGUGGGAUCACCUUUUGAGUUGGUGGUUACUGGCAACAAGCAAUUGAAGGAAUUAAGCUAUAUGGUAGUAUCCAAAGGACAGUUGGUAGCUGUAGGCAAACAAAAUUCAGCAACCUUCUCUUUAACACCAGAAAAUUCUUGGGCCCCAAAAGCCUGUAUAAUUGUGUAUUAUGUUGAAGAUGAUGGGGAAAUUAUAAAUGAUGUUCUAAAAAUUCCAGUCCGGCUUGUUUUUAAAAACGAGAUAAAGCUAUUUUGGAGUAAAGCUGUUGCUGAGCCCUCAGAGAAAGUAUCUCUUAGGAUCUCUGUGACACAGCCUGAAUCAAGAGUUGGGAUUGUAGCUAUUGACAAAAGUGUGAAUCUGAUGAAUGCCUCAAACGAUAUUACAAUGGAAAAUGUGGUCCAUGAGUUGGAGCUUUAUAACACAGGAUAUUAUUUAGGCAUGUUUGUGAAUUCUUUUGCAGUGUUUCAGGAAUGUGGCCUCUGGGUAUUGACGGAUGCAAACCUUGUGAAGGGUUACAUUGAUGGUGUCUAUGACAAUGCAGAGAUUGCUGAGAGGUUUGUAGAGGAAAAUGGAGGACCCAUAGUAUAUGAAUCGUAUGACUUUUCUUCGGUUAGCAAUCCACGUGUUAGAAAACAUUUUCCAGAGACUUGGAUUUGGCUAGACACCAACAUGGGUUCUAGGAUUUACCAAGAUUUUGAAGUUACUGUACCUGAUUCUAUCACUUCUUGGGUGGCUACUGCUUUUGUGAUCUCCGAGGACUUAGGUCUUGGACUAACAACUACUCCAGUGGAGCUUCAAGCCUUCCAACCAUUUUUCAUUUUUUUGAAUCUUCCCUACUCUGUUAUCAGAGGUGAAGAAUUUGCUUUGGAAGUAACCAUACUCAAUUAUUUGAAACUUGCCACCGAGGUUAACAUAACCAUUGGGAAAAGUAACAAAUUUGAUAUUCUAAUGGCUUCAAAUGAAAUAAAUGCCACAGGGUAUCAGCAGACUGUACUGGUUCGCAGUGAAGAUGGAGCAACUGUUCUUUUCCCUAUAAAGCCAACACAUUUGGGAGAAAUUCCUAUCACUGUCACAGCUAUUUCUCCCACUGCUUCUGAUGCUGUCACCCAGAAGAUUUUAGUAAAGGCUGAAGGAAUAGAAAAAUCGUAUUCACAAUCCAUCUUCUUAGACUUGACUGACAACAAGAAACAAGCUACCCUGAAAACUUUGAGUUUUUCAUUUCCUCCUGAUACAGUGAGUGGUAGUGAAAGAGUUUACAUCACUGCAAUAGGAGAUAUUCUUGGUCCCUCUAUCAACGGCUUAGCCUCAUUGAUUCAGAUGCCUUACGGCUGUGGUGAACAGAACAUGAUAAAUUUUGCUCCAAAUAUUUAUAUCUUGGAUUAUUUGACUAAAACAAAACAGCUGACAGAUAAUUUAAAAGAAAAGGCCCUUUCAUUUAUGAGGCAAGGUUAUCAGAGAGAACUUCUGUAUCAGAGGGAAGAUGGCUCUUUCAGUGCUUUUGGGAAUUAUGACCCUUCUGGGAGCACUUGGUUGUCAGCUUUUGUUUUGCGAUGUUUCCUUGAAGCUGAUCCUUAUAUAGAUAUUGAUGAGAAUGUAUUACACAGAACAUAUACUUGGCUCAAAGGACGUCAAAAAUCCAAUGGUGAAUUUUGGGAGCCAGGAAGGGUGAUCCAUAGUGAGCUUCAAGGGGGCAAUAGAAGCCCAGUAACACUGACUGCCUAUAUUGUGACUUCUCUCCUUGGAUAUAAAAAAUAUCAGCCUAAUAUUGAUGUGCAAGAGUCUAUCAACUUUUUGGAGUCAGAAUUCAAUAGAGGAAUUUCAGAUAAUUAUACUCUAGCUCUUAUAACUUAUGCGCUGUCAUCGGUGGGGAGUUCUAAAGCGCAGGAAGCUUUGAAUAUGCUGACCUGGAGAUCAGAACAAGAAGGAGGUAUGCAAUUCUGGGUUUCAUCAGUGUCCAAACUUUCUGAAUCUUGGCAGCCGAGCUCACUGGAUAUUGAAGUUGCAGCCUAUGCACUCCUCUCCCACUUCCUGCAGUUUCGGGUUUCUGAGGGAAUCCCUAUCAUGAGGUGGCUAAGCAGGCAAAGAAAUAGCUUGGGAGGUUUUGCAUCUACCCAGGACACUAUUGUGGCAUUGAAGGCCCUUUCUGAAUUUGCAGCCCUAACAAACACAGAAAGGACAAAUAUCCAAGUGACAGUGGUGGGGCCUAAUUCACCGAGUCCUGUAAAAUUUCUAAUUGACACACAGAACCGCUUUCUCCUUCAGAUGGCAGAGCUUACUGUGGAACAGCCAAUUGCAGUUAAUAUUUCUGCAAGUGGUUUUGGAUUUGCUAUUUGUCAGCUCAAUGUUAUUUAUAAUGUGAAGAAUUCAGGGUCUUCUAGAAGACGAAGAUCUCUCCAAAAUGAAGAAGCCUUUGAUUUAGACAUUGCUGUAAAAGAUAGCAAAGAUGAUGUCAACCACUUGAAUUUGAAUGUGUGCACAAGGUUUUUGGGCCCAGCUCGUAGUGGCAUGGUUCUUAUGGAGGUUAACAUGCUCAGUGGUUUUACUGUGCCUCCAGAUGCAAUUUCUCAGAGUGAGGUAAUAAAGAAUGUGGAACAUGAUCAUGGAAAAAUCAACUUGUAUUUAGAUUCUGUAAAUGAAACCCAGUUUUGUGUCGAUAUUCCUGCCGUGAGAAACUUUAAAGUUUCAAAUACCCAAGAUGCUUUGGUGUCCAUAGUGGAUUACUAUGAACCAAGGAGACAAGCGGUGAGAAGUUACAACUCCCAAGCGAAGCUGGCUUCUUGUGACCUUUGCAGAGAUGUCGCCGGCUGCCACACUUGUGGGGAUGGAGCCUCAGGAUCCCUUCGUCAGUCUUCAGUCAUGUUCAUUUUCUGUUUCCCACUUCUGUUCUCUUUGCAAUGUUGGCUGUGAUUUAUUUUUUAAGGACCUCUUGUCACACUAACAUUUCUGGAGGUCAUGUGUGAUUGUAUUGCUUUCAUCAUGGAAUACUGCUUCUGCCUGUUUUGAAAACCAUUUUUGUUUCCUUUAAAGGUGAGAGGGGAAGGUGAUGUACAGUAGGUCCUGGUAUGAAUAACUGUGUAGAUUUCUUCCCCUGACAUUUUGUGGAACAAGAAUCAGAAUUAUUGUAGUUGUAUAUCUUUAUUUCCCCUCUUGAAAUGUCUUAGGAAUUUUGAGAUGUUGGUUUUCUCCGGAAUAAAAUUGUUAUUUUAGAUUAAA